GGGGAGGCUGGGGAACCGGGGAACAGCUGGGCGGCUCCCCACAUCUGGAGCAGGGCGGCCAAGCGGGGAAUAAUCCGGGGGAUUAUGUGUGUGCGCGGGCGCGGCGCACCCCCCCCCCCCCGCCUGCCCUGCAUAUCCCCAGAUAUUCCAUAAAAACCUCAAAUCCCCACGCAGCCACGGCCGCUAUCACACCCCCCCCGGCCCCGGCUCACCCCGGCGGGGUGGCAGCCCCCAGGACUGCGCCAGCCGGCCCCCCGGGGCCAGGCAUGCCCUGCGGCGUGGGGGCAGCCCCCAGCCAUGGGCAACUGCACCAAGACCCCUGAGCGGAGGCUCCCUAAGGAUGGGAAGUCGCGCUCCGGUCCCCCGGUCCCCGGCGCCGGUGACCCCGAGGAAGCGGCGGAGGCGGCGCAGUCUCCACCGCUGCAGAAUUAUUCGGUGCUGCAGGGGCUGGUGGGGCCGGCCUGCAUCUUCCUGCGGCAAAGCAUCGCCAUCACCCAGCUGGACCGAGAGCUGCGGCCCGAAGAGAUCGAAGAGCUGAAGCAGGCCUUCCGGGAGUUCGACAAGGACCGCGACGGGUACAUCAGCUACAAGGACCUGGGCGAGUGCAUGAGGACCAUGGGCUACAUGCCCACCGAGAUGGAGCUCAUCGAGCUGUCCCAGCAGAUCACCGGGGGCAAGGUGGAUUUUGAUGAUUUCGUGGAGCUGAUGGGCCCCAAGAUGCUGGCGGAGACGGCGGACAUGAUCGGGAUCAAGGAGCUGCGCGACGCCUUCCGUGAGUUCGACACCAACGGGGACGGGCAGAUCAGCAUGGCGGAGCUGCGGGAGGCCAUGCGCAAGCUGCUGGGGCAGCAGCUCAACUACCGGGAGGUGGACGAGAUCCUCAAGGAUGUGGAUCUCAACGGGGACGGCCUGGUGGACUUCGAAGAGUUCGUGCGGAUGAUGUCGCGCUGAGGGCGGCGCGUGCCAACACGGGACCCGAGCCCCCGCCGUGCCUUACAGAAGAGGAGGGGGCUGCAGAAGAGAAGCCCGGCUCCGGCUGCUGCGGCUGGGGCCGUGCCGGUGCGAGCGCGGCACCUGGGGCAAAGCCCUCGCUUCUUCGGCGCCGGAGGUGCUCAGACUCAACCUCGGCCGCACGCCUGCCCGGCCGCCGAGGUCCAACCGCGGCGUGGGGCGCCGGGGCCGACGCCGGACCCCUUUUCGGCACAGACUCAGCUGGGCUUUGGCCGCUUUCACCCUGAUCUCCGCUCUCUCCUGUUCCCCCGCUCCGCAGCGUCCCUGACCUCACCCCGGCUGCUGUUCCCCAAAACCCAAACGUGCCGGUCUCCUGCCCUCCCGCUGCGCCCCAACUCUGCCGGCUCAUCCCUCCAGCCUUCGUUUUGACCCCCGUACCCAACGCCGAGCCCCUCAGCCUUGACCCCGCUCCCUCCACGCCGUGAUUUAAGGCUGACCUUACGGCGUAACCCCGACGCCUGUCCCCCCGUUACCGCCGUUUGGGCUCAGACUUACCCCGGACCCUGCUCUGUCCUGCCCCGCGCCACUGAGGCAUCCCUCCGUUUUCGGGGCCGGCGUGGACCCUCACGGUACGUUCCAUCCGACCCCCGGCGCAGGGGAAACUCCUCGGGGCUUCGGCACCCCGGCCAGGACAUCCUUGAGGAAAGAAGCCGGGAAUAAAGCGUUUGCCUUCUCCCCCACCUCCCCGGGAGCACGGGUGGGAAGGGGAGAGGCACGCUGCAGUUUGGGGUAAUUUUUGCACCUCCAAGUUAAGGAAAUCUGCUGCUUCCGAGUUGGGGGGGGGGUGUGUCUGAACAAAUUUAUUAAUUUUUUCAAUCCUUGCCCUUUUGAAAUGAAAAAUUCUCUCUCUGCGGACUUCUGUUUGUCUUUACGUUGAGUAUAAAUAGCACUCGCUCGCUCCA